GUUCUUAUAAAUAUUAUCCAUGUAUUCUCUGACAUAUGUUCCAUGUGAAAUAACAAGAAAUCCAUAUUCUCCAAGUCUGGAUAUCCAAGGUCCAAACCCUUCAUAAAACCCUAGACACAGCGAGCUCUGAAAAUCUUUUCUAGUCUCAGCAAUUUCUCUCGCCUUCUGAUCAGUCUACGAUUCACAGGAGUCCGGGCCAAUCUCACUCAAAACCCUAGCGACUCCCAACCAAAAUCCUUUCACAAUCAUGGCUUCCAAUUCCCCCAAUCUUGAGUGUCGCAUGUACGAAGUCCGCUUUCCUGAAGUUGACAUGGCGGUGAUGAUUCAAGUCAAAAGCAUUGGCGAGAUGUGUGCGUACGUUUCGCUUCUCGAGUACAACAACAUUGAGGGCAUGAUUCUUUUGUCCGAGUUGUCGCGACGUCGAAUUCGUAGUAUCAAUAGUUUGAUUAAAGUGGGGCGCAUUGAACCUGUUAUGGUGCUUCACGUAGACGAAGAUAAAGGCUAUGUUAAUCUUAGCAAAAGGAGGGUUUCUGAAGAGGACAUUCAGAUUUGUGAAGAUAGGUAUAAUAAGAGUAAGCUUGUUCACUCUAUUAUGCGCCAUGUUGCCGAAACUAUGGAGCUUGAUCUUGAGGAUUUGUAUAUUCAUGUUGGUUGGCCUUUGUACCGGAAGUAUGGGCAUGCCUUUGAGGCAUUUAAACUAAUUGUUAGUGAUCCUGACUCCAUUCUCAAUUCACUCACUCGUGAAGUUAAAGAAACCGACUCUGAUGGAAAAGAGGUGGUAAAAGUGGUCCCUGCUUUGUCUGAGGAUGUCAAAGAUGUAUUAGUAAAGAACAUUAGAAGGAGGAUGACUCCACAGCCUUUGAAGAUCAGGGCAGAUAUUGAAAUGAAAUGCUUCGAGUUUGACGGGGUUCUUCAUAUUAAGGAUGCCAUGCGGAAGGCUGAAGCUGCUGGGAAUCACGACUGCCCUGUUAAAAUUAAAUUGGUUGCUCCUCCGUCCUAUGUUCUUAUCACUCAAACUCUUGAUAAGGAGCAAGGAAUUUCAGUUCUUACUAAAGCAAUUGCUGCUUGUACCCAAGAAAUAGAGCAUCACAAGGGAAAACUUACAGUAAAGGAAGCACCCAGAGCAGUGAGUGAACGUGAGGAUAUAUUACUUGCGGAACGUAUGGCGAAGCUAAGUCAAGCCAACGAAGAAGUGGAGGGAGAUGAUGACAGUGAAGAGGAAGAAGAUACAGGUAUGGGAGACAUUGAUGUGGAGAAACAAAUGGAAAAUUAAGGCAGAUGAGUUUUGAGGUUUCUUUUUGUGAUUUUUCAUCCAAUCUGACCUAGUUGGCAGGCAAUCUUGAUUUCCAUAUUUGAUAUUUGUUUACAAAGAUGAUUUUACCCAUCAAUACAAAUGAGCUGAGCAUGAGCUCUGGGUAGGAUUCGUUUUGCUUUAAAGAUACUGGAAUAAGAGAAAAGAACCUUUGCCCAUGGUUGGAACUUGGAAUGAACACAUUCGUACCCAAUGUAUGAGAAAUGUAUGUUUUGUUGCGAACAAAGAGUCGAGCCAUGGGCUCGAACUUGAGAAUAUCAAUUUGCAUUAAAAU